AUGAAUGCAUUCAUUAUUUAUCGAAAAGAAUUUAAUAAUAUUAUUACAAAUUAUAAUCUUGAACUUAAAGAUAUAUCUAAAUAUUCUAGUAUUUCUUGGAAACAAGAACCACAAUAUGUAAAAAAAUAUUAUAAACAGUUAGCUAAAAAGGUUAAAGAACUCUUUAAAGAAAGGACUCAUUCUCUUUGUUUUGUUAAUAGCAAUCUAGUAUCUAGUACAAAUGAUAAUAAUGUCUCUUUAGACUCCUUUGAAUCUCCAUUUCUUAAUACAAAUCGAAACUUUCUUUCGCCUCUUGAUGAUCAAAAGUCUCCCUCCCCAUAUUCAACUUACUCUAAUUAUCCAUUUCUUGAUAUGAACCUUUUUGUAUCUGAUAAUUUUGAAAAUUCUCUUCAUGCAUAUAUAACUAUGGAUGAUAAUGAACUUAUGAAUUAUAUUUCUGAAGAUUUAGCUUUAACUUAUAGAGCAAUCGUUCAAUCAUUAUCGAGUGAUUUACAUUGA